AGCCCUGUUGCCCACAGCUGUUUCUUGAACCCGCAAAAAUUGUUUACAAACUAUUGUGAAACUCAAAUAUAACAAAAAAUGGCUCUUUUUGUGGUUAAACUACUUCAGCGCACCGAAUUUUCGCAUAGUCAAAGGGACAUAAAGCCAUUUAUUUAUGUUCGAAGCCACUGGUUGGACGACGAGGUGGAGUUUGACUUCCUGACCACUUCGGAUAAUCAAAACUACCGGGGUAGCCUUAAGUAUGAGGAAUUACGGAUUGCAGCGAAAGAUUUGGAACAGUCUUACGAUGUCGUCUUUGAAGAGUGCAAAAAAGCCAUGACCACUCACAUGGGACUCCAGGGAUUCGAUUACGAACUGUCGGUAAAAGAUGACAAGCAACAAGUCUUUAAAAUGUACAAGUGCGAAGGAUACGAGACGCUCUUGAUGGAAGUUUCUCUCAGAAAAGUCUCAAACUGCUACCAAUUAUUGGAUGCAGCUAUCGAAGUUAUUCAGCUAAAGCCCCAAGCGGCUUCAGUUCCUGAACCCAAUGUUCAGGACACCACAACACUUGCUGAAUAUGAAAAAUAUGUAAAGGACUCAAAGUUAAAGGAGCAAGAACUCCUUACGAAAUUUCUGUUGCUUAUCAACAGCAAAAAAGAGUACAUAAGAAAUUUGGAGAGCCAACUGGAAGAGCGUUCGAAAAAACCCUCAAAAGAAGGAAAGAACCAACGGAUUUCCUCCGAUGAAGAGGACGAAGUCUAUGGAGCAGACACCCAAGUCAUGAAUAUAGAUAACGACUCAGAUUAAG